UGGAACAUGGAACACAAAAUUUCGCUUAUUUUCAUUUUUCACGUAAUUUGCUGUGCAUUUGCAGAGGUUCUUGUUACUUUACCAGAAGGCCAAAUAAGAGGACACAUUCUACAAACCCCUACCAAUUUGAGUUUCUAUGCAUUUCAAGGAAUUCCAUAUGCUAAACCGCCUUUGGGAACACUGCGAUUUCAGGCACCAGAACCUGCUGAAAGUUGGGAUGGAAUAUUAAAUACCACGAAAGAUAUUGGAAGGUGCUUUUCUGUUGCCAAAAACACAGAUGAUGAAACUGAAGAUUGUCUUUAUAUAAACGUUUACACCACCAAAUUAGAAGAGGAAUCCGACAUUAAACUUCCUGUGAUGGUUUUCAUUUUUGGCGGCGGCUUUAGAGACGGAGCUUCCUCGUACAACGUCUACGGACCUGACUUCCUCCUAGAAAAGGAUGUGGUUAUGGUCUCUUUCAAUUACCGCGUAGGUCCGUUUGGGUUUUUAUCUACUGGAGAUGACGUAGUACCAGGUAAUGCGGGACUUAAAGAUCAAGUCCUUGCCUUGAAAUGGACUAAGCAAAAUAUUGGACUGUUUGGAGGCAACUCCUCCGAAAUUACCAUAUUUGGGCAGAGCGCGGGCGCAGCUUCGGUUGGCUAUCACAUCUUAAGCAAGCAGUCUGCAGGUCUGUUUCGAGCUGGUAUAGCAGAAAGUGGUUCAGCACUAAACCCCUGGGGAUUUUUGGACGAUCCAAGACCUUACGCUUUUGAGUUAGCUUCAAAAAUAACGAACGAAACGUUACCAGACAGCAGUUCAACGCUGUUGGAGUUUUUACAGAACGUAACAGCUAAAGAAAUUGACGUGGCAUCUACACAAACAGUAAACUAUGACCGAGCAUUGCCAGUUCUUGAAGUGGAACAUGAAGGGGCUUUCCUUACUGAAAACAUGUACGAAUCAUUGGAGGCAGGAGAUAUAAACAAAAUCCCUUUGAUAAUCGGAAUAAAUUCGGAAGAAUCAUUAGGCAACGCAAAAGAUUUAGCAGCAUUGCUUGAAAAGUUUGUCAAAUAUGACGAUUAUCCCGAGCUACUGAUUCCCAGCGACAUGCACGUGAACGAUUCUUCUAAUGAAAGCGAAGUGGCUGCAGAAAUUAGGAAAAUAUAUGUUGACGAGGGAAAUGAAAUGCGGAAUAACUUGGGCCGGUCAUUAGGCUACAUUAGCGACAAUUCCUAUACCAGGGCCAUAAUAAAACAUGCCGAGCUUCAAUCUAACUACACCGACGUAUAUUUCUAUCAGUUCUCAUACAAAGGUCCAAUGGGGAACAAUAACAUCACUCUAGAAGGUGCUGAUAAAGUCGGACACAGCGAAGAAAGGCCUUAUUACUUUAGAGUUCAAUCGAGUGCUUACGACAAUUCCGACUUGAGUCAAUUUCCUAUUUCCGACGUCCUAACCCACUAUCGAAUGGUCAAGAUGUGGACCGAUUUCGCCAAAACAAUGAACCCAACGCCGGAAAAAAGUGAAUUGUUACAAAAUAUAAUUUGGCCCAAAGUGCAACCGGAUAAUUUUCAGUAUAUGAAUAUCGAUGCAGAUUUGGAAGUGAAAAAGGACCCAAAAGGGGAAAGAUAUCUAGCUUGGAAGGCGAUUUAUGAAAAGUGGGGAGUUAGACCUUUCGUCACGUUUUAGUCAUUUACCAAAUUAUUUUUUAAAAAUGAAUAAUAUUGAAUAAAAUACAUAAUAUAAAAGUAACUGUAAUUAGAACAUUCAAAACGAUUAAAUAAUUAUCAUAUCGGCAACA